AUGGUUUCACAAGCAACAUCAUCGAGGUGGUCUCAGAACAUCCUCAGCUGGGUGACAGAACUGGUGGAGAACCGGGAACUUGACAAGGCGAGGAUCACCUUGCUGCUAGAGAAGGUCCUGGCAUUGGAGAAGGCCAGAGCAGCAGAUCAGGGGCUCCUGGAGACACUGAGGGCGGCGCUGGCUGGGAGGGAGGCAGAGCUGGAGCAGACAGCGCUGGAGGCCUCUCAGGCAGCGGAGAAGAGGGAUGCAGACCUGCAGGCGGCCCGGCAAGGCCUGCAGCGCUCUAUGCGCGACCUGUUGCAGAGCCGCACCCUUGUGCAGCAGCUGCAGGCGCAGCUGGACGCAAAGACGGUGCAGCUGCAGAUCAAGGAGAGCGAGGCCCAGACCGCUGCCGCUGUGGCCGCUGGGACGGACCGAGCGAUGAUGGGAGCUGCCGCGCAGCUGCAAGACAUCCAGGCGCAGCUCGACUCUUGCACCGCGCAGCUGCACGCCGCGGUCCUGGACAACCAGCGUCUGCUGGAUUCUUGGAACCAAGCAAAUGGAGAGAAGCUGGCCCUGCUGCAGCAGCUGGCAGACCCAAGCCGCACCCCAAUCGUCUCGGAGGCGGAUUGCCCCCUGGUCAAGCACCUGGGCUCCGGCGCCUGCGGGUCAGUCGACCUGCACCAGAUGCAGAUGGCGGUGAAGAAGGCUUCCACACCGCGGGACCAGCAGGUGCUCAACAAGGAGUCAGUCGCGCUGUUGUCCAUGAACCACCCGUCAAUACCAAAGCUUCUCUGCUUUGUGGCGCGCUCGGACGGCUCCUUUGGCCUCGCCAUGAACUUCAUCUCUGGAGGCUCCCUGGAGGAGGCCAUCUGGCCCGCCAGGGAGGGCACAGUGGGGAGGAGUGCAUUCGCGCGCCCCGGCAUCUACAUGCAGCUGUGGAUAAUGAUGCAGCUGGUGGACGUGCUGAUGUACGCCCACAGCAUGGGGUGGGUCCACGCGGACGUAAAGGCCGCCAACAUCAUGCUCACAGCGGACGGACGUGUCAUCCUCAUCGACUGGGGCCUGUCCUACAUGAUCUCUGAGCCGGACAAGAUGUGGAGGGGCACCAUCGGCACCUACCAGCCGGCGAACGUGCUGCACGGGUCCUUCAUGAGCCCCAAGGACGACAUUCGCGGCCUGUGCACCGUCGGCGUCAAUAUGCUGCAUGGGGGCCAUCCCGUCUGCAGCAAGCUGCUGCAGCGCUACCGGGCCACCAACGCCGACCCUGCCAACCGGGCUGCGAUCACUGACGCGAUCAAGGAGGCCCCAUCGGCGAACCAUGAAGACGAAGACGUCCGCGUCGCCUUUGCGGAGAUGAUGCGCCACACCGGCCUCUGCGAGGCGGACUUUGCCCCCUUCCUGCAGGAUGCGCGAGUGCCACAGGAGUAUGUCAUCAUUCUGCAGAGCGGCCUGGGCCACGAUGCGGCCUGCGCCAUCGAAGGCGCGAUGCCGACGCUGCAGGAAUUCAGGGCGGUGCUGCAGAGGGCCAUCUGCGAGGUGGAGGCCACCCAGCUGCCAACCGCCGUGCCCGCCAUGAUUGACUGA